UAAAACAUAACCUAAUUGUGGCCUUGGGCUUUUACUAACCCAAUAAAAACGUAUCAUCUUCCUCCUUACAAACCCUAAUUUCUGCUACAUUUGCCACUCUCUCUCUAUUCUCCCAUCACUUGCGCGGCUAGGGUUUUUGCUCAAACUCUCGAAGAAAUGGGUGAGGAGGCAACUAAAGUUGUUGUACCAGAGUCUGUUUUGAAAAAGCAGAAUAGGGAGGCCGAAUGGGCUUUGGCGAAGAAGGAAGAGCAAGAUGUUCAGAAGACAAAGAGGAGUGAAAACAGGAAGCUGAUCUUUAAGAGGGCCCAGCAGUAUGCAAAGGAAUACGAAAACCAGGAGAGAGAGCUGAUCUGUUUGAGAAGGGAGGCUAAGUUGAAGGGUGGAUUCUAUGUUGAGCCAGAAGCUAAGCUCCUUUUUAUCAUCCGUAUUAGGGGUAUCAACGCAAUGCACCCCAAGACAAGGUCUAUUCUGCAGCUUCUUCGGUUGAGACAGAUUUUCAACGGUGUUUUCUUGAAGGUGAACAAGGCUACAUUGAACAUGUUGCACCGUGUUGAGCCCUUUGUUACCUUUGGGUACCCUAACUUGAAGAGUGUGAGGGAGCUGAUCUACAAGAGGGGUUAUGGAAAGGUUAACAAGCAAAGAAUUGCUUUGACCGAUAACUCCAUUGUUGAGCAGACUCUUGGAAAGCACGGCAUCAUCUGUGUCGAAGAUCUUAUCCACGAGAUCAUUACAGUGGGACCACACUUCAAGGAGGCUAACAACUUCCUAUGGCCAUUCCAGCUAUCUGCUCCUUUGGGUGGACUAAAGAAGAAGAGGAACCACUUUGUUGAAGGUGGUGAUGCUGGAAACCGUGAGAACUUCAUUAACGAGCUUAUCAGGAGAAUGAACUAGGGUGUAGUUUCCGUCCUUUUUUGAACCUGUGUUGUUUAGGUUAAAAUCAAAUCUUGAGUUUUGAUAGAGCUUCGAAAAAUGAAUUUAUGUUUCUGGAUUUCUUUUAUGUUUGCUUAUUAUGGAUUGAAAGUUUUGAAGAA